AUGCAGAUUUUCCUGGUUGUGUAUAUAGCCUUUAUCUGCCGGAUAUGUAUUUUAGCAGAUGAAGAGGCUAAACUCAAGGAAGUGAUUCUGGAUAUCAAAAAUCCAAAUUCUUCCUACAUAAACACAUUCAACAGAAACCCUUAUGGAUUAGAUGUCAAGAUACACGUUGCAAAUGCUGGCCAUAGGAUAUCUUCCGUAGCUGAAAGUGAAGCUCCCAUAUGGACCUCUUCCAAUGGUUAUUGUUGUGACCAUGUUGCCAUUGUUAGGUGCAACGAAGGCAACUGUUGUUCAAGUAAAUAUGUGGCAAGACUUAUGGCUGUCUAUACUAGUGAUGGUAACGGAGCAAGGAAGCCAUUCUACUAUGAAAAGGAUGGGUCAUCAUGGAAGGCUAUUGAGGAAGAAAAGUUUUACGACAGCUUCCAUAUUAGAGGAUCCAAGGAGUCAAAGCUACAAACCAUUGUUUUAAACCUAGGUGGAGAUAAUGAACAUAAAAAGUUUUACAUCAACAAUUCUCCCAACUUUCCAUUCCUUGCAUACACUCCGAACAUGGGCUACCGCAUUAAAAAGGUAAUUUAUAAAACCGCCCUAGGACACAGAGAUAACCGUAUACAUGUAGUAUGGUCGAGAAAGUCAAAGGAUGAGCAUUGCAUUUACGCUUCCUUUUAUCCAAAGAAGGAGCCGAAAAUUGGCUACCUGGUUAUAGAAACUAAGAAUGGUUUGCAGGAAAGGUUUUAUGCUCAAACAGGUACCUUUGGAGGAUGGAGUGCUAUUACAAAGGAAGACUACCUGAAUAGGUUAAAGAAUGAAAAAUUUGACGCAAGUAGCUUUAAAAAUAGGAUAACAAUGGAUGUGAGAGAUGUAGAUUCAAAGGACAUAUAUACUGAAAAAUACACCAGUGGAGACUUUAACUCUUAUACAAGAGUCCCUCUUCCUGGGUUUAUUCUUGAAAAGGUCGUUGAUGACACUCUUACAAUCUGGGAAGGCGCCAAAAAUGGAGAGAAAUGCAUUCAUGCAAAUACUAAUUCUGUAAAGGGUUUAUGUUAUACAGCAUGUUUGUUAAUUAGAGGUGCAGAUAAUGAGCGUAAAGUUUCUUAUUUUGCCAAUAAGAAUGGGAAAUGGGUUAGUGUAGAUAACCUAACAUACACGAGUCUAAUAGCUGAGAGAAAGGAUCCAGCUUAUACUCAUAAAGCCACAGGUAAAAUUGUGAUGAGUAGUUUUAAGAAUAGGCAAGACCUACGGAUUGUGACAUAUGCCUCAAAGGUUGACGAUUCCAAGGGAGACAUUAUUCUCGUCCAUGGAAUCCGUUCAUAUUUUGCGGGAGAAUUUUUAGAAUACAAUAUGGAGUGGAUUUAUGAGCAUUUUGGAUACCCAGUCUCUCCAGACAUGGAUGGAAUAUUUUUAAGAGACAAAAUGUACACAGAUGAUAACGCUACAAAAUAUAGAUUCCUAUUUGAGUAUGCAUAUCUAGACGGAGGACUAGCAUUUAAGGUGUUUCCCCACCUUCAAUAUGAGGGUAGCUUUGUGGAAUCCCUAAACAUGAUGGGUUACAACGUAUACGGUUUAGAUUUACAAUCUCAGGGCUAUUCUGAUUCCAACACACCCGCAAGAUGUCAUGUUAAGAAUUUUAAAGAUUACAUUUACGACACUCUCCAGUUUGUCAGCAUUGUAAAGAGAGGUAAAUUUGAGGAUUCCUCUCAAACAUGGAAUGAGGAUUUAGUCUACAAGAACAUUCCUACAGAUAAAAAGACAUUCUUGCUCGGAUUUUCAAUGGGUGGUAACAUUAUUGUCCAAGCGGUUCAGGAGUUUUACAAGAAUGCAAAAGAGGGAGCACGGCUUAUAGACGGCCUCAUGAUUGUCUCCGGAAUGUUUAAUAUUGAUUGUAACUUGAAUACAAGAGCAAAGAGAGCAGCAUCACAUUUUCUUUUCCUAGGUGCAUGGUUCAUUCCUAAAAAACAAUCGCCGUACGAGAACGUCACAGAUUACGGCAAGAAUUUUGACAUAUUCACAAGAUAUAAGGAUCCCCUAUUUUAUGUUCAUGGUACUACACAUAACUUGUUACGUGAAAUGUUUAGUGCCUGUAAAUAUGUAAAGAAACCUAAGAAUAUGGUACACUACCCAAAGGAUUUGCCAACCAUUUUAAUUCACUCCAAGGAUGACCACAUAUGUGACAUCAAGGGACCAAGAAGAAUGGUUGAAAAGUACUUUAAGGAUAAUGAAAAUAUGAAAUUUAUAGAACUAGAUGCUGGUAUACACCAUCUAACCGUUCCUAAAUCACUUUUCCUUACUAAAACUCACAUUAGGGAAUGGUUAGAGAAACAUACUCCUUCAGCCACCAAUUCUAACGCAGUUGAUAAACCAACAAUGUAG